CAGCUGAAUGGGCGGCGGCGGAGCAUGUGUGUGUGUGGCUGAGGCUGCUGCUCGCCAGGGACGCGGAGAGUGCAUGCCUCUCCCGGGUCGGACCGUGAAGCCGGCGAGGACGUGGAGGCAGCGGAGGAGGGGAAGAGCAGCCGGAGACAGACUGGCAUCCCUCUCGGGAGCUUAAGGGCCCCGGCUCGGCCGGGGUUAUGGCAUCGCUUGCGGACCGAAUGCGAGGCAACGGGCGCAUCGCCGCUGGGCUCCUGCUUAACCUGCUGGUGUCCAUCUGCAUCGUGUUCCUAAACAAAUGGAUCUAUGUGCACCACGGCUUCCCUAACAUGAGCCUGACCCUGGUGCACUUCGUGGUCACCUGGCUGGGCUUGUACAUCUGCCAGAAACUGGACAUCUUUGCCCCCAAGAGUCUGCCGCCUUCCAAACUCCUCCUCCUGGCCCUCAGCUUCUGUGGCUUCGUGGUCUUCACCAAUCUCUCUCUGCAGAACAACACCAUAGGCACCUAUCAGCUGGCCAAGGCCAUGACCACGCCGGUCAUCAUAGUCAUCCAGACCCUGUGCUACAAGAAAACCUUCUCUACCAAAAUACAGCUCACGCUGAUUCCUAUAACUUUAGGUGUAAUCCUAAAUUCUUAUUACGAUGUGAAGUUUAAUUUCCUUGGAAUGGUGUUUGCUGCUCUUGGUGUUUUAGUUACAUCCCUUUAUCAAGUGUGGGUAGGAGCCAAACAGCAUGAAUUGCAAGUGAACUCAAUGCAGCUGUUGUACUACCAGGCUCCGAUGUCCUCCGCCAUGUUACUGGUGGCUGUGCCCUUCUUUGAGCCCGUGUUUGGAGAAGGGGGAAUAUUUGGCCCCUGGUCAGUUUCUGCUUUGCUUAUGGUGCUGCUGUCUGGAGUAAUAGCUUUCAUGGUGAACUUAUCAAUUUAUUGGAUCAUUGGGAACACUUCACCAGUCACCUAUAACAUGUUCGGACACUUCAAGUUCUGCAUCACUUUAUUUGGAGGAUAUGUUUUAUUUAAGGAUCCAUUGUCAAUUAAUCAGGGUCUUGGCAUGUUAUGCACGUUAUUUGGCAUUCUCGCUUAUACCCAUUUUAAACUCAGUGAACAGGAAGGAAGUAAGAGUAAAUUGGUACAGCGUCCUUAAUUGGGUUUUGGUGGAGAAAAGAAAGCCACCCCAAGAAGAUAAAAGGCGUUAAGUGUGCAAGUUACCUUCAAAGAAGAAGAAAAAAUUACAUUGCCAAAUUUGUUGAAUGAUGGUUUGCAAGAAGUAACACAAAGGAAAUUUUGUUCAUAAAUACAACUUUCUCUUUUAGAGUACCUCUAAAACAAUGGCUUGUGCUUCUUUUCAAGGAUUGGUUAUAUGAAGUCUGUAGGAUGGUUUGGUUAUACCAAAUGAAAUACAGGAAAUUAAAAUUCUAUAAUAGUGACAAAGGAAUCCGUAUCACUGUACUACAGAGGUGUCAUGGUUUUUAAGUGUUCCAGCCCUUCUGAGGAAGGACACAGAGGACUCCUCUCCUUGCUCGUAGGUGGCCUGCAGUGUGAGCUCUUUUAGAAUUUCAGCCAAAAUGUGCAAGUCAGAAGUUAAAUCCAGCAUUUCUGUUUUAGUUGCUUUAGUAUAACCUCCUGAUCAUUUAACUUACAGAAAUGAAAUAUCAUUUAUAGAAAACAAAGUAUAGGAAAGAAGACCAUCAGACAAAAUCCAAUUCUAAAAGCGCUAUAUUUCUGGUAGAAAAUAGAUAUGAGAAGUUAUAUGUUAUCCAGAAAACCACAGUUGCCACAGGUAUUCUCUUAUUUCUGAGCUCUCUCUGAGCUCUAGAGACACUAUGGGAAGUUAAAAAACAAAAUAGCUCCGUGUUGAAACAGUCCAAAGAGAAGAUGAUGGAUGGAAUUGAGCAGGUGUCUCCUCCCAUUCUCCUGGCCUCUUUGAGCAUUUCACUCAAAGAAAUGGUUGGUAAUUUCCUAAUACCACCUCCCUGCUAUCACCCCCUACCUACCACAUUGGAGGUAUCCGUAGAGCUUCCGUUGGCAUUGAACUAUUUGCAGUGAACUACGUUCGAUCUUUCUAAGGUGGCUGAGGAAAAUUUUCAGGCGACAAGUCAGGGCAAAUAGUGUCCAAACAUUUGGCAGAAACUUGGUGAAAAUAUGAGGGAAGGUUUUAAAGAGAAGCAGAAGAAUAAUCAAUAUUUAGCGAGUUCUGCUAGUUUUUAAAGGGAUAAUUUUCUAAAAAAUUAGGUUGCAGGGGAACUACAGGGUUUCCACUUAAGGAAAUACAGUGCUACAUAUUUACUUGCAAAGUGUCUUUCUGCCUUCCAGCUUCUUGACAUUGGAGGGUUAAAAGCUGUCAUUAAUAAUGUCUCACAAGAAAUUGACUGAGACAGAUAACCCCUCUUGUAAUAAAUGGUUCUUUUAAAAAAUAUUACUUAUAAACGUUAAAUGAAAAAACAACUCUUAAGAGGACAAAGAGCCACGUGAAUAAAAUGUACCUUCUAAGAUUUUUUUUUUCCCCUGGCCUGUUUGAAAUGAAAAGCCUCACUGAAAAUCUAUUUUGACAGAAUUUUAGUGUAUCGGUCCAUUAGUUGUGUGACUGGUACGUAUGAUUUUCUGUUUUUGUUUUAAAUAUUCUUUGGUUCUGGGGCUCAGUCAGUUGAGCGUUGACUCGUGAGUUCGGCUCAGGUCAUGAUCCCAGGGUCGUGGGAUUGAGCCAUGUGUUGGGCUCUGUGCUGAGUGUGGAAUCUGCUUGAGAGUCUCUCUCUUCCUCUGCCCCUCUCCCCAGCUUGCACUCUCUCUCUGUCCAAAAAUAUAAAUAAAUGAAUGAAUAGUAAGUAUUCUUUGGUUCUCAGUUUCUAAAGAUAUAUUUUAUUGUGCUAAGAAUUACAAAGCAAUUUGUCUUACCAGAUGAGCCUUAGGCAUUAUGUUUGUCUAAGAAAUGUUGUCUGUGUGUGUUCAAACCAACAUACAAUUAUUUCCCCAAAGCUGGAGAAAAAUAUUUCAGCGCUGUGAGGAUUAUGUGACUUCUU